AUGGGCGCCGCCGCGGCCAAGCUUCGCGAUCUCCGCGCCGGCCCGCUCGACGCGUCCGAGUGCGCCGAACUCAAACCAGUCUGGGGCCCAUUCGUGGACACCUUCGUCGCCACCUUACACGCCCAAGGCGCCGCCGUCGCGCCCGUCGACGUCGACGAACGAACGCCGCGAUCGCCCGCGACGCCGUCGGCGGCGCACGCGUCGACGUCGACGUCGUAUCGACGCCCGAGCGUCGAACGAUUGGUCGCCAUCGGCGACGUGCACGGAGACCUGGCGAAGACGCGCGAAGCGUUUCGCGCGGCGAAACUGACGAACGCGCGCGACGAAUGGGUCGGAGGGACGACGACGUGCGUGCAAGUGGGCGAUCAGCUCGAUCGAGGGAAGGACGAGGUGGCGAUAUUGCAUUUUUUGGAGCGGUUGCGAGGCGAAGCGCGAGCGGCGGGGGGCGAACUCGUGGUGAUGAAUGGAAAUCACGAGACGCUGAACGUGAGCGGGAGGUAUAGGUAUUCGUUAGCGGAGGGUAACGCUGAUUUCACGCGAUGGCGGGCGCGACAGGACAUUGGGAAGGUUUUGCGAGCGAAUUGCGGGUUGGCGGCGGGCGUGUGCGAGUCGCGCGCUGGCGAAGCGGCGAAGACGGAUACUCUACCGAGUUUCGUGAAAGAGGGCGAGGGUGAUCGCUGGCGCGCGCUCGCUCCGGGAGCACCGUUGGCGCUGAGGUUUUUGGCGCACCAGCCGGUGGUGGUGGCGAUCGGGAGCACUUUGUUCGUGCACGGCGGUGUGUUACCAGAGCACGUCAAGUACGGCUUGGAUACGCUCAACGAAGAGAUCUCGCAGUGGAUCAAGCGGGGUAAAAUCAAAAGUGCGCCGCCGUUAAGCGUCCAAGGGCGAGAUUCGGUGGUUUGGGCGCGCGAUUACUCGCACGUGCAAGAACAUAAGUGCGAUUGCGACUUACUAGAGGAGACGCUUCGGAUGAUUCCCGGCGUCGAGCGCGUCGUCGUCGGGCACACCAUCCAGCAUCCGCACGGAAUUACCUCCGCGUGCGACGGUAAAGUCAUCCGUAUCGACGUGGGUAUGUCGAAAGGGUGCGUCGACGCCAAACCUGAGGCGUUAGAGAUUUUAAAGGACGGCGAGUCCAUCGCGAAAAUGAAGCUUGGUGACGACGGCGAAACCGUCGAGACGACGACGUUGUGA